GAUUAACCGACCGUAAAGAGAUGUCUCGAAGAACUCGGAGUGGCCGAUGCAUUUCAACUGCCAUCACCUGGGAGAUGGAGCUGGCCACUCAUAUGACGACCUAUGACCCAGAAGACUGGACGGUGCAAGGGUCACAGUCUGAUUCGGACUCUGAAGAGUACCAGGCAGUAAGUCUGUGUGUGCCCGCUGUGAUACCAAUGGAAGUGCCCGUCAUAGGAGAGUCAUUUUGCCGGUGCCCCGCCCAGACGGAGGUUAGCAGCCCCCAGGUUAACGCCUAUACAUUAGACUGCCUCUGUGGAGAGGAGGAACAGAGUUAUGACUGGGUUUGGGAUGAGGAGUGUAAAUCGACAGCAGCGUUCCUGAGUUGCUCCAAUAGGAAAGUGAAUUUCCAUACGGAGUACAGCUGUGGAACAGCGGCCAUCCGCGGCAGUAAGGAGCUCGGUGAGGGACAGCACUACUGGGAGAUCAAGAUGACCUCGCCUGUCUACGGCACGGAUAUGAUGGUGGGCAUUGGGACCAGAGAGGUGAAUCUGGAUCAGUACAGACACAGUUUCUGCAGUCUGCUGGGGACAGAUGGAGACAGCUGGGGUCUCUCCUACACAGGUCUGCUGCAUCAUAAGGGGUCAAAGGUGAACUUCUCUUCGCGGUUUGGUCAGGGAUCUAUCAUCGGUGUUCACCUGGACACAUGGCAUGGCACACUCACCUUCUACAAAAACCGCCGCUGCAUUGGCGUGGCUGCCACUCAUCUGCAGAAGAAGCGUUUUUAUCCGAUGGUCUGCUCGACUGCGGCCAAGAGCAGCAUGAAAGUCAUUCGUUCUUGCUCAUCCCCCACCUCUCUGCAGUACCUGUGCUGCCUGCAGCUGCGCAGGGUGCUGCCUCACUGCGCAGACGUCCUGAGUGAGCUGCCCCUCCCCCCAGGACUCAGGAUGCUGCUGCACAAUCAGCUUGGCUGGGUGCUGCACUUGGGCUGCGCAGACGCUAAAGCAGACGCAUACUCAGACCACGCAGACUACGCAGAUGUCUGUCCUAGUCCCGCGCCGUCAUACCCCUCCCCCUCCAGCAUAAACCCUGACCCAUAUCACAACUCUCCUUCCUACCCAGCUCCACCUGGUGCCGGCCACGCCCCUUACCUGGAUGCAGGCGUGUACAGUGACUCCGACUCCUGCUCGGACUCCGCCCCCUGCCCCUGCCUCGACCCGCCCUCUUAUGCCAAUCCCUCUGUGUGUCCCUGUUGUGAUGCCAGUCUCUCUGGCUGUGAGGCCAACUGCUCUGGCGCCGCCCCUUUCCCCCAUGGCCCCGCCCCAUCUGCCUGCCAGUCUCCUCCCACUCCUACAGCAUCAGACCCCACCUCUGAGAGUGACAGCGACAGCUGUGCAUCAGAACCUGACACCUGUCAGAGGAAGCGUUGUCGAUGGACAUAA